AAAUUAUUCCAGGUAAACACUUAUAUGGGAAAAGGUAAUAUUGAUGAUUUAGCUACAAAGUUUUGUGUGGGAUCAAACGCUCAAGCUAACCAAACAUACAGACAUGUCGACUACAAAGAAUUGCGUCUUAAGUUACAGCAGGAAAAACUGAAACUUCACCUCGACAGACAGCAUCUGAAAAAGUUCAACAGUGUUAAAACACGAUAUGGUACCACAUCCGCCUUUAAUCAGCACAAGGAGGUUUGGUUGAAAGAAGAUAUUUCCAUCAAGUCUCAGAUAAGAUCUAUUUCAGCAGUUAUCAGCGAACAGGCUGAUCCCAGUCAGCUUUUGUGUGAAAACGAAAUUUGCGAGUUUUUGAAUAGCAUGCAAGAAGAAUUUAAAGCAUUUGAAGUAGGAACGAUUCAGCCAGUUUGGGAAUUUAUAGAGGAUAUGCAACAGUGGCUUCUCAAACCAGACACUAGCAAUGCCAAUGACAUUAAACCAAUUUACGAAACCAUGACUUCUCAACAAAAUCAUAUUUUGGAUGUCCUGAAUGACCAGGGUCAAUCUUUGGACAAUGAUCUCAGUGUAUUUAAUUCAGUUCUAAAAGCGUGGGAGUUUGAGGCAGAGAGUGUAACUGAAUCUCUACUCAGACUAAAGUUCCCUCAUGAAGAAACGAUAUGUGAAUACAUUGAAGAGUACUUGUCUGUGGAUAAGAAGUACAAUGAUGUAUUGAUGGAGUUGAGGGAUUACUACAGCAUUAUGCUGGAUAAAGGGAAGCACGGUGGUUGGUGUAACGAGGACCACAUCCUCUUCAGACAUAUCACUCAACAGUACCCUGUGGAUAAGUUUCAGAGAAGUACACUGUGUCUGGAAAUGCUAAAACUGGUCAUGUGCCAUAAAACGGAGCUCGAGUUGAAGGAGCAUGGCGAGUGGGUACAGUUGUAUGACAUGUAUUGGGAACACAGGAAAUCCAUCAAGCACAUGCACCAAAGUGCUUUGCAGAAGCUGGUAGCGACCGCAGAGGCAGAUUGCAAACAGCAAUGGGUCCAGGUUAGGGAAAUGCGACAGAAAGCUGAUGAAAUUCUGUCGCAGAAAGAGAACACAGCACGAAUAUUCGAGAAUUUACUGAGGUGUCGAGCUGAUAAGUUGAAGAAGAUUCGAGCAGAGGAGAAAGAAUUAUCAGGGUAUCAGGAACGCAUGAACAAGGAGAGAGCAGAGUUUGAACGAAGACGAGCAAAACAAAGAAAAGCGGACAAAGAUAAGAUCCAGGUUUUCAACGAAAUGAAGGAAGACAAACAGAAAGAGUUCGAGAGAAGGCUGGAGCAGCUCAAGGAUAAGCAAGCCGCUAUGAAAAAGAACAAGCUAGCAGCUGGGAAAAAGCGUGUUGAUCACCGUCACGAGCUUCACGACAAGAAACUAGAAGAACAAGCAGCUGCAGAGGCCCAGCAACAUGAGGAGGAACAGCGCAGAAAGGAGCAGUUAGAUAAACUAGCUGCUACAGUCGCUGUGGAGGCUCCUUAUGAUCCUGCUAGAGUGCACCGGGACACUAAAGCAACCACGGCUAGGUUGAAGGAAUCAGAUUAUAUCGGCAAGUUUCAGCUGUUCAAAGUUGUGGGAUAUGAAGAUAGUGCUAUAUCGGGUGAUAUGAGGUGGAAGGUAGAGAAGGCUUUACGUAAUGCUGGUUUAAUGACUACUGAUUAUGGCAGACAAAUCAUGAAAAAUAUUGCACCUCCUGUUGAACCCCGUAAAGACAUGAUUUCUACUGUUUUUAAGAAAGAUAAUGAAACAUAGUUGAUAAUGUUAAACAUUUGUUUUUGGGGUUGCCCAGCAAUGGGAUUUGGUUAAGGUAUAGAUCUAAUUUAAUUUUCUGAAACUCUAUAUACCGGUUGAGAUUAAUCGCGUUUGUACUGCUGUGAUCCUCAGGCCAGUUUGGUUUCAUUCAGCCAUUCAGUGGACCAUCACCUUGCCCUUGGCCUAAUUUUCUUUGGUUCAGUUCAAAGCGACUGUUUUUUUUUAAUAGAAUUAUUUAAAUAAAUUGAAAAAACUGUUACAAUCCUGCCAAAAACUGUAUUGGCUACUGAUCCUCAAUUAUUAUCCCAAUUUUGUCUCUGUUCCUGUUGUUACUUGUCUAACAAUUUACUAAACUUGAUUUGUUCUAGAAUAUCACAGUUUGAAACGUAUUCUUUUAAAUAGUUUUGCGUGUUUCUGAUCAUGCGUGCGAAUACAUGCUUUCACGUCAUUCGCUGAUCUAAUGGGAGAUAAGAUAAGCGAUAACGUUUAAUUGUGAUAACUAAUAAUUGUAAUAUUCCGAUGCUUAGCUGUGUCGUCCAUACUAAAGAGCCUCAAGCACGAAGAAUCGUGUUGAAUUAUCUGCUUGUUACAUUUUAUAGAUAGAAAUACAAUAACUUGAGAGCUUACAUUUUGUGUUUUGUAGAAAUCUUGGUAUUAUCUAGAUAGCUUUUCUCU